AAAAUGCUGAAACGCUCUCGUCAACAGCAGUUUAAUGAGUCCCUCUCUGACCUACUCUAUCGCUACCGGGGGGUUAUUUUGGUUAUUUCGGUGCCUCUUCUCCUCAUCUGCUUCGUUCUGCUGCUGAUGCCUUCUGCGGGUUCUCAGUCUGAUGCUGUUUUUCCUUCGAACCGAAAGUUUUUGCCGAAUUAUGGGGGCACCGAUCCUUCCUUGAAUAGCUAUGCUGUGAUUUUUGAUGCUGGGAGUUCUGGGACUAGAGUUCACGUUUACUGUUUCGAUCAGAAUUUGGAUCUCGUGCACAUUGGUAAGGAGCUUGAGAUUUUUGUUCAGUUAAAACCAGGUUUGAGUAGAUAUGCAAAUGAUCCUAAAGGUGCUUCAGAUUCUCUUCUCCCUCUUAUAGAAAAAGCAGAAAAUGCUGUUCCACAAGAUAUGCGUCAAAAUACACCGGUCAAACUUGGGGCAACUGCAGGUCUCAGACAAUUGGGAUUUGAUGAAUCGGAGAAAAUUCUGCGAGCUGUGAAGGAUGUGUUCAAGAGGAGCAGCUUCAAGUCCAAUGAUCAUUGGGUGAAUGUUCUGGAUGGUACUCAGGAAGCUGCUUAUCAAUGGGUGAGCAUAAAUUAUCUUUUAAAAACAUUAGGCAAGAAAUACUCGGACACUGUUGGGGUUGUUGAUCUGGGUGGUGGAUCAGUACAAAUGGCAUACGCCAUCUCAGAGGAAGACGCUGCAAAGGCUCCGAAACCAUCAACUGGAUUAGAUCCGUAUGUGAAGGAAAUGCUUCUCAUGGGAACAAAAUAUUACCUUUAUGUUCACAGCUACUUGCACUAUGGAUUAUUAGCUGCUCGAGCAGAGAUUUUAGGGACUUCUAAAGAUUCUCAUAAUCCAUGUGUUAUGGCUGGCUACCAAGGGAUUUACUCGUACGGAAAAACUGAUUAUAAAGUUUCAGCCCCUCCUUCUGGUUCAAGCAUGAACAAGUGUAGGGAAGAAGUAGUGAAGGCUCUGAAAGUGAAUGAAUCAAAUUGCAACUACAGGAAAUGCAGUUUUGGUGGGGUAUGGAAUGGUGGUGGUGGCGAUGGACAGAAGAAGUUGUAUGUGGCUUCAUAUUUCUUUGAUAGGGCUGCCGAGGUUGGUCUACUUGAUGUGACUAAAUCUGUUGCGAAAAUUCGGCCAUCAGAUUUCCAAGCGGCUGCUGAGCGUGUAUGCUUAACCAGAUACAGGGAUGCCAAAUCCAUAUAUCCUCGUGUGGAGUCGUCUAACCUACCCUACUUAUGCAUGGAUUUGGUGUACGAGUUCUCAUUGCUUGUAGAUGGGUUCGAUUUGGAUCCAUUGCAAGAGGUUACACUGGUGAAGAAAAUAAAAUACAAUGAUGCACUGGUUGAAGCUGCUUGGCCAUUAGGCACUGCAAUUGAAGCUGUAUCAGCAGCCCCCACUUAA